UGUCAGAAAAUUUUGUGAACAAUUUUCCGCAAAUUUAAGGGCUUGCGACGGGCACCAACACGGGAUUCCGUAAGCCGCUGUCGGAUUGCGUUGGAACGAAAAGUGCCUCAUUGCCGUUUGUGGUGCGUCCAGUCCAGUGAGAGCGACCGUCAUGUCUUCGCACGAUGUGGUGGCUCUAAACUUUCACGAAUCGUGCCUCCGGAUGUCGGAUAUCGAUCUUCUGAAGGGACCGUACUGGCUAAACGACCAGCUCAUUUCGUUCUACUUCGAGUACCUAGAGAAGCGGGUGUUUGAAAACGAGUCCGACCUGCUGUUCGUCAGCCCGGAGGUUACGCAGUGCAUCCGGAUGGUGUCGCAGGAGGAGGUGUCCAUCUUCCUGGGCCCCCUGCGAGCGGCCGAGCGAGCGUUUGUGUUUUUUGCCCUUAACGACAACGACCGGGCUGACCGGGCCGGCGGAACCCACUGGAGUCUGCUGGUGUUUUCGCGCCCCGAACAAACCUUCUACCACUUCGAUUCGUCGCGCAACGCCAACGGAGAGUAUGCGCGCGGCUUGGUGGCGAUUCUGAAGCGUGCCCUCUGCUGUCCAGAAGCGGCCAUGCGCACGGGGGAUUGCCUGCAGCAGAGCAACGGGUACGAUUGCGGCAUACACGUGCUGUGCACGGCGGACGCCGUUACGAGACAGAUUCGCAAAAGUGGAUCCAUCGCGGGCGUCCGCAGUGCCCGGUACGAUGUGAUACGCGCCAAGCGGGAGGAACUGUUGGCCACCAUCACCGAGCUUGGCGGACGAACUCACUAGCGGCGCAGAUCUCUCUUAGCGUGCCUCGGAACACUAAACAAAUCUCCAAAAUUCUUAGAUAGACCCUCCUCCCCGGUGGUUCCUCGCUUUAUUGUACUUCCAAUCGGAUUAUAAAUGGUUCGGUGUGUAUCCCGUGUGUAUAAAAUAUCUUAGUGUAUUUUAGUAAAAAAGAAACGAGAAAAAUACAUCUACCUACAUGUUCUUGUUCGUUUUAAUUGGAAC